AAUGCUGGUAUGGGGAGGCCUAUGCCAAUUUCGACGGAAACAGAAGAAAACUUUGAUGAAAUUAUGAACGUCAAUAUCAAGUCAGAGUACUUUCUCACACAGCUAGCAAUACCAUAUCUUAAGGCCAAAAAGGGUUGCAUCAUCAAUAUAUCAAGUGUAUUGUCUACUGUCACAUCGAAGAUCCCUGGAAAUUGUUCUUAUUCCAUGUCCAAGGCAGCCAUGGAUGCCUUCACUCGAGGGUUAGAACAUGAGUUAGCGCCCUUUUGA